UAAAGACUAAUGAUGACGGUCGUGUAUCUUCUCCGACAUUGACCAUAAACAAAUAUGGCGUCGACGAUCGAGAGCAAAGUGGAGGAGCGGAAGGACACUAAUGAGAAGACUGUCGAUAGAGAGAAGACCUGCCCUCUGUUGCUGCGAGUAUUUUGUUCAAAUGGACGACACAACAAUUUAGCUGAGUACAGACGAGGCAACACUCCCCCAAAUGAGCUACAAAUAUAUACUUGGAUGGAUGCUACCUUGAAGGAGAUUGGUGGUUUAAUUCUGGAAGUAAACCCUGACACACGAAGACGCGGGACAGUGUUUGAGUUCCGGCUGGUUUAUCCUGAACUGACUAAACCCAUUCCUCGCAUGAAAGAACUGGGUUCAAUAAUUAUUGGACAAAAGGGUUUUGAUGACAACAAAACUCUUGCUCAAUUGGGAUUUGUAAUUGGAGACUUCCUGGAUAUUGCCAUUAGCAACCCUGGUCGGGGGAUUCCUCAGCGACGUAUGCGUCCUUAUUAGUGACCUGCUGGAGAAACAGUUGAGGCCAGGAAGUACAGUACUGUACAACAAUACUGUACUUAUAUUUGAAGUAUGGAAAAUGUACUUUGAAAUAUUAGAUGCGUACUACUGUAGAAUGUAAGAUAAGACCUCAGGCUGUCAGAAGUAAGAUUGGCCUCAUAAUAUGUGUGGAAGUUGCAUUGUAAUAUAUUUGUUUCUUGGGAAAAAUAUUAAAUUCUUGUUAACGUUCAGAGGUCUUAUCUUAUGACUGAGCAUUAUUAUAGUUAUUUUAGAUCCGAUGCAACUAAAAGGACGAUUUUAUAAUUGAAGAAUAGAGUUACUGUACUCUGUUUACUUGACUUUUUUUAAAGAUAAAAGCAGGUAUUGUACUGUACAGUGAAAUGCAGUUAAAGUUUGCAAACUUUCAAAUUACCUUAACUUUGGAACCAGUAAAGAUAUUGAAGUGAUUCAAGUGACAGAUUGUAGCAUUAUUAGUGCAGAUUUAAUUGAUAUUGGUGAAAGGCAUCAUAGGUGUUGUUUUUGGACAUAUCAGAGUUUGUCCUACUUCAGUUGUGUGCUUCUCAAAUAUGGAAUACAUGUAAUGUAUUGUACUGUACCUACUUUUAAAAGAUUUACGUGAUCAUUAUUUUUUCUGCACCUUUUCAUAUCCAGUACUGUACAACCUUUUCAUACUGGUUUAUACCCGGUAUUCUUAUGGCGGGAGAUUUUACUGAAAAUGUUAUUAUUAUUUCUUUCUUUUCAGUAUCCAUCUGUUUAACAUUUUUAAAUAAAAUGUGACACACUU